AUGGGUAAAUCUGUUAUGAUUAGUAUCUUGGAGUGCGACAACCACAUUGAUCCUGACAGGUCAACGUGGGGUGGCUAUGGCCCUCUUGUUUCCAAAUGGCUGAGGUCGAACCAUCAUUUGCGGGAACCCGCGGAAAAACGUGUCUGGGAUGUGAGGAAUACCAUGGACUAUCCAAACGCAAACCCAGAAGGUCAGGAACCCUGGUUGGUGAAGCUUCGAGAGUAUAUUAACAAAGGAGUCGAAACAACACCUACCAAAAAGUUUGUCGGCUUUUGCUUCGGCCACCAGAUUUUGGUUUUGGCUCACGGGCUAUGGGUUGAAUGCAGUGAUUCGGGAUACGAAUUGUCUGCAACAACUAUCCAGCUAUCGGAUACAGGGGAAGGUCUGUUCAAACAAGACACUAUUUGUUUAAAUGAGGGUCACCAGUUUCAAGUUAAAGACCAGGACCUGGGACAACUUCAGAAUCUCGGGUCGACGGAUCAUACUCAUGUACAAGGUCUCUUUCUUCCAAAACGUCUUUGGUCACUGCAAGCACACCCUGAAUUUAAUGCCACAGCAUUGGAUCAGAUAUUGGAGUUUGUUAAACCGAAAUUAUCUGAUAAGGAAUAUCAGAGUGCAAAAGAGAGAAAUACAGGCAAUGUCGAGCAGCAAGUCGCAUUAAAUUCAUUGGUCAACUUCAUCUUAGAAUAG